AUGUCAAGUAUUUUUCGAGGUCUUUGGGCGUCGCUUCGCUUCAUUUUGUCACCACUUACAUGGCUGUUUUCUAUCACUACUGCGGAAGAGGUUCGCCGGGCAAUCGAACCCCCGCCAAAGAUCAAUUCGGUCCAGAAAGUUGUUGAUAGCAGCGAAAACAAAAAGUAUUACAACCCGCGACUGGAUCCGAAAAACUAUCUAGCGGGCCCCUUAUCACUGAACCCUGCCACACGUCUACGACAACUGUUGGCGAGGCCAGGAAUAAUAGUUGCACCCGGUAUUUGUGACGGCAUUAGCGCUCGUUGCGCAAUCGAAGCAGGAUUCGAAUGUCUCUACCAAAGUGGCGCGGCUACCACAGCGUCUAGGAUGGGUCAACCUGAUCUGGCUAUUGCCACGCUGAACGAUUUUGUGGAAGCGGGAGAGAUGGUUUCCAGCAUUAAUCCUACCAUACCUGUGAUUGCGGACGCCGACACUGGAUUUGGAGGUCCUGCCAAUGUCGCUCGGACGGUGAAGCAAUACAUUCAAGCUGGUAUUGCUGGGUUACACAUCGAAGAUCAAGUACAAACAAAACGUUGUGGUCAUCUCAUGGGCAAACAAGUGGUUUCUAGGGAGGAAUUCCUCACUCGAAUCCGGGCUGCAGUCAUUGCUCGCGACUCCAUUCCAGGUGGCUCUGAUUUCGUUAUUAUCGGAAGAACGGACUCUGCGCAAGUAUUGGGUAUGGAAGAGGCUAUCACACGUUUAAAGCUUGCCGCCGACGCUGGUGCCGACGUUUGUUUCAUUGAAGGAGUCAAAACCGAAGAGCUGCUUCGUUCGACUGUUGCCGCUCUCGCUCCCAAGCCCGUCUUAGUGAACGUAAUCUCCGGCGGACUUACGCCAUCAUUCACUUCUUCUGAAGCUGAGAGGAUGGGAGCCAAAAUUAUCAUAUUUUCACUGGUGUCAUGUGUAGCGAUGGUACACGGCGUGCGAGCAGCUAUGAAAUCGCUUAAAGUAACAGGGACGGACUUCAGUACUGCAAAAGGGAUGGAUCCCAAAUCAUUUUUCGAAGUCAUGGGACUGGAUGAGGUCGUAAGUUUGGAUGCAAAGGCUGGAGGGACGGCCUUUAAAUUGGUGUAG